AUGACAGGAAUGAUGGAGAAAGUCAAGGCCAAGGUCGACAACGUCAUCCACAAGGACAAGACUCAUGACGACCCUACCGGCCCUCACAGCUCACAUACCGCCAACGCUGCUGACCCUACUGUACACAACACCUCCACAACUCACACUGGCUCGACCGGCCUUACUGGUAACAGCCAUGGUACCCACGGCACAACAGGCUACAGUGACCCCACUGGCCCCCACGACUCUCAUAUUGCCAACAAGGCUGACCCUAGGGUUGACUCCGACCGUGUCGGCACUGCUGGCAACCUAGGAAGUGGCACCCACACCACCGGCAGCCAUGGAGUCACUGGCACCCACGGAGUCACUGGUACCCAUGGUUCAACUGGAUACAGUGACCCCACUGGUCCUCACGACUCCCACUUGGCCAACAAGGCCGACCCCAGGGUUGACUCCGACCGCGUCGGUACCGCUGGCAACCUGGGAUCCAACACCCACGGCACUCACGGAGUCACUGGCACUCAUGGCUCAACUGGAUACAGCGACCCUACCGGUCCUCACGACUCCCGCUUGGCCAACAAGGCCGACCCUAGGGUCGACUCUGAUCGUGUCGGCACUGCUGGCAACCUGGGAAGUGGCACCCACACAACUGGCAGCCAUGGACUUACUGGCACUCACGGAACCACUGGCACUCACGGAACCACUGGCACUCACGGAGUAACUGGAACCCAUGGUUCAUCAGGCUACAGUGACCCCACUGGCCCCCACGACUCCCGCUUGGCCAACAAGGCCGACCCCAGGGUUGAUUCUGAUCGUGUCGGCACUGCUGGCAACCUGGGAAGUGGUACCCACACAACUGGCAGCCACACAACCGGCACCCACGGAACAUCCAGCCACAGCGAUCCCACUGGUCCUCACGACUCGCACCUCGCCAACAAGCUUGACCCCAGGGUCGACUCUGACCGUGUUGGCCCCGCUGGAAACAAGGGAAGCGCCGCCUAUAACACCAGCACAGGCACUGGCAACUUGGCUCACCGCGACAACGAGACUGGUGACCUGCCCAAGGCCCUUGUAGAGCCCUACUCCCAGGCCGAGCCUCACUCCUCCCUCCAGAACGGCCACCACACCACCGGUACUCACGGUACUACUGGCCUCCACGGCUCCAACGGAACUCACGGUAGCAAUGGUCUUCACAGCACCACCGGUACCACUGGUACCCACGGCACUCACGGCACUCACGGUACUGACAUCCAUGGCAAGCCAUCCUUGAUGGACAAGCUGAACCCCAAGAAGGACGCAGACCACGAUGGAAAGGCUGGCCUACUUGAUUAG